UCGUGUGAAUAGGCCACGGAUUAAACAGCUAAGGUGUGAACUGACGCAAUCGUUAAGGUCGAGCUAAGGUUCGUAGUACUUGGGUGCAUGGUACAUUUCCGAAAGCUGGAUAAGAAUAGCAACCGUAGGAAAAAGUGGAAUACAAAGGGGAUGAGCGCAAAAUGAUUAUCGGGAAUGACAAUGUUCGUAGCAACGUUCAGAGUUCUGACUAGAUCCAGAGGUUGGAAGUUGUACAGUAGAAUGUCCACUGUAACAGGCGAGUUUAUUAAGGAGAAGACGGGGUUGGUGCUAGGCGUGUACACUACCGAUGACGAUGCGGAACGUUUUAAACUUACGUCAGCUGCCCAGAAAUUAAACGAAAAGACGAGUGGAGCACUACUAGAACAUAUUAAGUUGCCAAGCUGUACUGAUCUUUAAUGCAAUUUUGGAACUAGAUCAUCCCAAAUUUGUCCAACUCUCAAGUUCACAUAAUGGCUUCCAACCGUACAACGGCACCACAGAGAGUUCGACCCAUGAAGCGUCAACAUCCAACAGUGCUAAAUGGUAUCAGAGGAUCAUUUGAGGACAAAGACAGUGACUUCUUAUGCCCUGUUUGUUUUGACCUAAUUGAAGAGGUUCAUGUUACUCACUGUGGCCACACAUUUUGUUUCCGAUGUAUCUCACAGUCACUAGAGUCAAAUAAACGCUGCCCCAAGUGUAGUUCUGUUUUGCCUGGACCUGAAAGUGUGUUUCCAAAUUUUCUGCUCAAUGAACUGGUGUCAAAGUAUAAAUCUCGCAUGGUAGAAUCAGGGGAGCUGAGAUUGUCUAGUGAUGGUUCUGGGGAUAAUUUCCAAGCUCCUGCAGAUGGUUUUCGGGAUUUUGUGGCUACCGAAUCCCAGAACCUGACUCUCCCUGAUGUGAAUAUAAUUUUGGAGGUUCUUACUCAGAGAAAGCAUUUGUUGGAAGCUGAAUCUUGUGUUGCUCAGAACAGACUUCUCUGUGAAUUUCUUAAGCAUCUUUUGCAACAGAAGGAAGAGCAGUUAAGUCAGUUAACAAAAGAGGUUGCUGUUAUAAAGAAAGAUAUAGAUGAAGUGGAGAAUAUUCUGAAGGAUGUUCAAAACAAAUGUCCGAAGUUGGAAAAGGAGAGUCAAGCCGAAUGUGGCGUUGCAGCUCCAAGUUCAUUAAAAAGAGGUCUGAUUACAAACAGUGUAAAUGGUACCUUACAGGAAAUGGAGUCAGGAGGAACACCUGGUGAUGGAGGAAGUUGUGAAGGGUUUAAUGUAAGCCAGAAGACUUCAGAUAAUUCAGUGACAGUACAAGCGAUGAGGCGGAAACGAAUGCACGCCCAUUUUGAUGACUUUGUACAGUGCUAUUUCACUUCAAGAGCUAGAGAAAUUAUGUUAGGUAAUACUGACAAAACACCUUCAACAGACAGUUCUGUAGGAGUUUCUUCUGGUUUGGAUGUAUUCCGUGAAAAUCUAGUCAAGUUUUCUCGGUACAAUACAUUACGCCCCUUGGCAACACUGAACUAUUCUAGUGACAUUUUCACUAAUGCUACAAUUGUGUCUAGCAUUGAGUUUGAUAAGGACAAUGAAUUCUUUGCGAUUGCUGGUGUUACCAAACGAAUAAAGGUGUUUGAUUAUGGAGCUGUGAUCAGAGAUGCAGUAGAUAUCCACUACCCAUGUGUUGAAAUGAUUUCAAGUUCCAAGAUUUCAUGUGUCAGCUACAACUCUUAUCACAAGGGAAUUCUAGCCAGCAGUGACUAUGAAGGAACUGUAACAGUGUGGGAUGCUGUAACAGGGCAGCGAACAAAAACCUUUCAGGAACAUGAGAAACGGUGUUGGAGUGUGGAUUUCAAUGAUGUGGAUACAAGAUUGAUUGCAUCGGGAUCAGAUGAUGCAAGAGUGAAACUGUGGUCACUAAACAUUGACCACUCAGUAGCAUCACUGGAAGCCAAAGCAAAUGUAUGUUGUGUUAAGUUUAAUCCUCGUAGUUCUUGUCACCUGGCAUUUGGUUCGGCAGAUCAUUGCGUCCACUAUUAUGACCUGCGAAAUAUGAAAGAAGCUCUUUCCAUAUUUAAAGGCCACCGCAAAGCAGUUUCCUAUGUUAAAUUUCUAAAUAAAGAGGAGAUAGUUUCAGCUUCAACUGAUAGUCAGCUCAAGAUGUGGAAUAUUAAUAAUCCACACUGCUUGCGUUCAUUUGUCGGUCAUAUUAAUGAGAAGAAUUUUGUGGGCCUGGCAACUGAUGGUGAUUAUGUAGCAUGUGGUUCAGAAAAUAAUGCUCUUUAUGUAUACUACAAAGGGCUCACCAAACAACUCUUCAGCUUCAAGUUUGAUGCUGUGCGAAGUGUUCUGGAGAAAGAAAGACAGGAGGAUGAUGUGAAUGAAUUUGUUUCGGCUGUCUGUUGGAGGCAGCACUCAAGUGUUGUAGUUGCUGCCAACAGUCAGGGAGUCAUCAAAGUCCUAGAAUUGGUGUGAUUUAUUUUUUCUAGUAAUUUUUGGGCAAGGUCUGGUUUUAGCUGUGGUGUAGAAGCUUCAGUAGAGAAAAACUGAGAUCUUGACAAAAAUUGCCAUCCACUUACAAAGUCUGAUUAUGUAUGACCUUAAAUUAUGUAAUUAAGUUUAUAAAUAGUGUUAUGUUGAAAUUAAUAAUGACUUACAUCAUGUUUUAAUUAAUUUUGCCUUAUGAAAGAUUUGAGUGACUAAGUUGAGCAUUGUCCAUGAAAAUUAAAACUUAAGUUGGCAGAAAUGUUUAAGCAUUUUAAAGGUUUGGUUAUGCUUCUCUCCACUGGGGUGUGAUGGAGUACAUGUGAUCUGAAGUAGUGAUUUUACACCCCAGUUCCCUAUGGAGCACUGGAUAAUAAGGGAGUGUGAGAAUUUACAUUCAAACAUGGUCCAUUACAAAAUUGCAGAAGGAUUUGUACAAACAUUUCAUCAGUGGGAAGUCCCUUCUCUGAAUGCAGUUCAUAGACUAGUCAGACAGUGGCAUGAAAAAUGCUCAGUCAUCUGUAAAAUGCUACCUGGCUGAUGUUGUUUGGUUUGCAUGUCUGAGAAUAUUGCCCAAGUUUUGGAAUUUCUUAAGAGCCGGAAUAGUGCAGCCGGUAUAACUACUGGUUACAGGCUAAAUGUUCAUACUGGUUCUGGAGGCCACCCAGCCUCCUGUCCAGUGGGUACAAGGAGACUCUCCCCUGGGAUUAAGUGGUCAGGCCAUGAAGGCGACCACUCAUUUCCAGCUGGUGCUGAGAUCAAGAAUAUGUGGAUCUGUACAUCCACUCUGCUAUAUGCCUUCAUGGC